UCUAAUUUAAAGAUGAAAGCCAAAAAAAGGGUGUGAAAAAGAGAUUAAAAUAGAAAAUAGUGUUAAAGCGAGUUCAAAUUGCUUUACCAGAUAUGCAUAUCAAAUUUGAUUUUCCUUUUUAAAAUAUUUUAAAGAUUUCGUAUCUGAUUAAAGAAAUUAUGAAUUUUGGAAAUGGUCGUCCCCAUAUAAGCCAUCAGAUUUGAAAUUACAGGGUGCCAUUCCCUAUCCUCAGUCUUGCAAUCUACUUAGCUUUUGUCUUGGAGUAGUUUUGCUUUAUUUAUUUAUUUAUUUUAUGGGUUAUAUACCCUUUUCAAUUCAUAGCAAAAGAUAAGAGUUUUGAUUUUAAUCUUCAUGUCGGCACUGGGUGACGACGAGUUAAGCUUAGUUCUCAAAUGGGUUUAUGAUCAAAAUGACAGGAAAUCCUUCUCUCAAGUCUGCAAACAAUGGCUGCGAGUUGAAGGUUUAACCCGAUUAUCCAUUCGGGUUCUUGAGCCCGAUCUCAUCCCCGUUUUCUUGCCCAGAUUCCCAAAUCUGCUUUUCUUUGAAACCCAGGUUUUUAUCUCCAACCCCCACCUUGAAUUCGUGGCUAAAACAUGCCCAAAUCUCCAAGUCCUCAACCUUAAUCUUAAGAAAACACUUGAAGAAUUCGAAGAACUUGACGGGAAUUCCGGUUUUGAAGAUGUUGGGAAUGAUGGGAUUAGAGCUUUGGCUAAUGGGUGUCCAAAUCUAUCCAAAGUCCUGUUGAGAAAGAGGAAAAACGUAGCGAAUUUUGCUGUUAUUUCCCUCGCUAAAUUGUGCAGGAACUUAACAACUUUGGAUUUAGGAAGGUGCAAUUUGGUGGAUGACCGAGCUGUCGAAGCAAUUGGGUGUUCGAAUUCGAUACGGGUUUUGAAUUUUGAAGCUUGUUCGUUGAUUACUGACCAUGGUUUGGCUGUUUUAGCAACUGGGUAUAUCUCCAAAACGCUGAAAAAACUGGUUCUCGCAGAAUGUGAUCGAAUCACUGAUUCUGGGGUGUCAAUGUUGAAUCACAUUUGUUGUUUGGAAGAGUUAAAUUUAGCUGAAUGCGGGCCGAAGAUAACAGACUCUGGUGGCCUCGCCGUUUCUUCACUUUCAAGUCUCAAGAAAUUGAAUUUGGGUUGGCUGAUCAACUUAUCGGAUGUCACAGUUAUUGCCAUCGCCAACAAUUGUGUGAAGUUGGUGUCGAUUGAUUUAACAGGCUGUGAGUUAGUGACUGGAGUUGGUGUCAGAGCAUUUGGUAACCAUGGUUCUCUAGAAUACCUUGUGUUGGCUUCUUGUUACAAUAUUUGCAUGAAUGAUUUGAGCAUCGUGGUUAGAUGCCAGUCACUGAGGGACAUUGUGCUUGAUAAAGGACUGAGGAUGUGGAUUCCAAUGCCAAUGCAAGUGCAUAUCAACAAGUUUUGUCAAUUACAUUGGCGUUGAAGGAUUAACACACACAAAACAGUCGAUUUCUAGGAUAGAAAUUUGGAUAAAAUCAAAAGGUUAGUGCUUCUUGAUUUUGUCAAGUACCCUUUCGGAAAAGAAUUUAUACAAACAUCAAAUCUCUUGCUCAUGAAUGUUAAUAAUUGCAUUCUCUCUUUGGACUGUGAAAUUAAAAGAAAGGGUAUUGAUGCUUGUUCAAGAUUAUUGAUGAAGGAAGCUCAGAAAACAUUGUUUGUUUGAUGGGAAAGCAAAAGUAAGGGUAUUUUCUGAUUGGAAAUAAAGUAUUAGCAGCCAAGAUUUCUUGUUGAAGUUUCAAACUUUUUUCUUUUCUCUUUUUGUUGUUGUUUUCUUAAUGUUGUGGUUGUAAAGCCUUUUUCUUGCUUUUAUUUGAGGUCUAUGACACAUUCAUCAUUCUUAAGGUA